CCAGCUGAUUGCGCUCCUCUCUUCUUUUUUUCAGCUGGAGUUGUUUUUUUGCACCGAGCUCCUUUUCUCUCUCUUUCUCUCUCUCUUUCUCUCUGUAGAUGUUUGUUUUAUCCAGUUUGUUUUGGCUUGCCGAUUUUUUAAUCUAUGACCGAUAAAAAAAAAACAAUCAAGUUUGUUAGUUAUACAGAGUUUUCUGUUCAACUUUGCCAUGACGUUUGUGAUAAUUCUAGGAAAAAGAUCUAUGAAAAGUUUGUGGGAUAUUUUUUGUGGAUUUUAAAGACAAGACUUCUUGUUGUUUGAUUUGUCGACAUGUUGCCACUUGAGAAUCAUCUCCAGCAGCUCGGUGCGUUCACGCCUGAAGAUGAGGGGGAGGAUGAUGAUGAUGAAGGCGCCGUGUUGGACCUGGCGCUCACGGCCGUGCACACGCUCCUCUACUCUCUGCUCUUCUUCUUCAUCUACUCACAGCUCUGGCUCAUCCUGCACUAUGGCCACAAGCGCCUCAGCUACCGGACUGUGUUCCUCUUCCUGUGUCUGCUCUGGUCGGCCCUCAGGACCACACUCUUCUCCUUCUACUUCAACAACAUGGCCCAGGCGAGCCAACUGCAGCCGCUGCCCUUCUGGCUCUUCUACUGCUUCCCUGUGUGCCUGCAGUUCUGCACCCUCUGCCUCCUCAACCUCUACUUCGCACAGAUCAUGUGUAAAGCCAAAGCGAAAUAUUCCCCAGAACUCAGCAAAUACAAAACACCCCUGAAGUUGGCCUUCUUGUUCAUCAGCAUCUUCUUCUUGGUGGUGAACGUUACAUGCUCUCUAAUGGUGCUGACCCAGAAGAACAUGGAAGCUAGCAAUGCAAAACAUAUAGUUCUGGCUCGCGUGCUAAUCAACGACAGCCUCUUCGUGCUGUGUGCCAUCUCACUCGCCACCUGCAUCUGUAAACUAGCCAAGAUGUCCUCCGCUAAUGUUUAUCUGGAAUCGAAGGGGACAUCAGUGUGUCAGGCCACAGCCACCGGAGCAGCAGUUAUCCUGCUCUACACAUCAAGAGCGUGUUAUAAUCUCGCCGUAGUGGCUAUAUCUCCCAAAGACCGGGCCACUCCCUUCAGCUACGGCUGGUACAGCUUCUCCGACCAGGAUGAUGUAGAGAAGAUCAGCGGGAAGGCCUACUUGGUGUUUGGGAUUGUCCUGUUUUUCUGGGAGUUUGUCCCCACCACCCUCCUCGUGGUGUUUUUCCGAGUUCAGCGGCCUAAUCAGAACCUGGCACCAGGCGGCAUGAUCCACAGUCACAGUUUCAACUCCAGGGCGUAUUUCUUUGACAAUCCAAGGCGCUAUGAUAGUGAUGAUGACCUGUCCAGAAGCGUCAGCUCCAGGGGUGAAAGGGGAAGCAGUACCAUGUCUUCGACGUCUCAGCUAGGCGCAAGUUGGUAUGGAUCCAUACAAAAAACAGGCAGCUUCACGUUCACUGCACCCCAUACCUCCUCCGCUCCACUUCUCCUCUCCUAUGGGAGCAUCCAGACCAACCAGCACCACAACUACUACUCCACUCCACAGGACUACUACUCCACUCCUCAGACUCACAACAUCACGCCACAGAACUGAGUGACCAGCCUGGGGUUUAAUAUUCAGGCUGUGUCAGGCACACACAAAGGCCACUCUAUGGACCUUCAAGAGGCAGGAGAUAUGGUAUAUAUGGUAAACCUCUGUGUAUUUUUAGAUAUUCAGCUUCAAAAAAGGGACCAGGGAGAACUGAGGUGGUCAACUGGUGCUGCUUCUGAUCUAAGUACUUACCAAUACUGCUCCUUCCCCAAGAAUUAAUACGUGGACCUGCCAUGAUAAGUCUAAAGAGACUCCCUGAUCUGCACAAUCCCCCCAAUUUCCAUUGUGAUUUCCUAAAAUUCCACUUGCACACUAGUUGACAUAACAAGACACCUUAAAACCUUUUAGAGCCUGCUCAUGGUACUGAGAACUUCAGAGAAGUGUUAGUGUUCUCCUGGAUGGAGGCAGUCAACUGUGGCCAAUGAGCAAAGACUUUAAAGAUGCUCGCUAAGUGCCAAAACGUGCCAGAUGGGAUGAAUGUUUUUGGAAAGGUCUAUUUUUAUGACGUUUGAAUGAGUAUAUGCUGUAAGUGUAUAUGAGAUACAAAAUUAAUGGUACUAACAUCUCACUACUAAGCAUAUUCUUCGACAUGGGUGCCAUUAUAUGUUUUUUUUUUCUUCUUCAGGGGUGCACCAAUCCCAUACUAAUUCUGAUUCUGCCGUGAAAGUUUGGGUUUUUUGGUGACGUUUUGCUUAACAUUACUGAAUUGUCUUGCAUAGGGCUACGUAACCUUUUCAUAAGCCAUUCACGACAGAUGCAGGGUUCAUAACAGCUUGACAAUUUGUAGUAUAAGUGGUAAAGUCAUAUAAUGGUGAUCAUGGGGAUGAAGCCAGGCAUAAUCCAACCUUAUAUCAACAAGCUACACAUAUCGGCCACUUUAAUAGGACCAUGCGUACCCUUGCUUAUUUCUGCAAUUAUCCAGUCAUGUGACUGCAGCAUAACUCUGUCAGCUUUCAGUUUUAGUGAUCCCCUACCCUUUGGUGAACCCGAUAUGUGGCCCAGCCGCUUCAGGGUUCAGUGUGUUGUGAUUCUGAGACACUUUUCAGCUCACCAUGGUUGUAAAGAGUAAUUAUUUCAGUUCUUCCUGUAAGCUUGAACUAGACUUCUGAUCUCUCUCAUUGACAAGGCAGUUCUGAAUUCUUGAAGAUUUGCUGCUGUCUGGAUUUUUUUUUUGUACACACUCUGUAUAAACAUUUGAGAAUGCUUGUUUGGGUAAAUUCCAGGAGAUCUCUGAUACUAAGUAUCUGGCACCAAGAUCACAUUUUCUCCCCAUUCCGAUCUGUGAUGUAAACGUUAACUGAAUCGCUUGACCUGCAUCUGCAUGAAUUUCAGCAUUUGCCUAGUUGCUGAUGUUUGAUCAGCUGAUCAUUGCCUGAUCGUACGUGUUCCUAUCAAAGCAGCAGUGUGAAUGUGUGUGUGCCAUUUGAUUAAAUUGACCUACAUUUCUUGGAGUAAGUCAUUGUAAAUGUUUCCCUAGGUUCACCUGACAAACCUUCGAGUUAGCUUGUUACGUGAACGUUGACACAGGACACAAAUCGUCUUAAAGCACAUUGUGAACUGAAACACUGAAAUGCAAUGAUCUCAACGACAGCAAGGGUUUUUUUUUAGGUGAAAAACGUCACUACAUAAAUCACUUUGGUGCCACAUUAGUGUUUAAAAAUGGAUUGGUGCAUACCUACAUUUGUUUUGUUUCAUAAAAUUGUGUACACAAGUGAUUUCAUGCUGUCAUACCCCAUUCUUCUUUUUAUCACGAUUGCAGGUUUCUCAGCAAACUUAAGCUAUUAGCACACAACGUGUAUAGAGACUGACAGUUUUUUUCACUGAGAGUUCAUGUGAUUCGGCCCAGAUUUUGCCUCACAGUGAUCAGAAAUGUCCAAAGUUUGCUUCUUUACUUUGUGCAUUGGAGCUAAAUAGCUAAUGUAGAUGUACGAAUCUUUUUUACUUUUACAAGCCAUGACCCGUAUAUUUAAUGUUCAUAAUAAAGUUAGUUUCUGUAAACAUUCAUUAUAAGACUCAUCAAUCUCUUGAUGUUUUUACUAGACAAAUAAAAAUUAGCUUGUUAAGAAAAGACCUCUGUUCAUUUCGAAGACUGUCCUGUGGAGAAAAACGUGUCACCAGCACUGGAGACUCCUUCCAUAAAUGUUAACACCAGACACCUCGAUAUAUGAAAAUCUUUAUGAAGUAGCUGUUACUAUAGAAACGGUAAUAUAUUCCAACAAGCACAUUAACAUGUCAUUGACCUUGUAGCCUGAACGGCUGUUAUAGACAACUAAUCAAACCCUUCUCACCAAUCAAAUUCAAGGAUUCAACAACAUUUUCGUACAAAUCAUUAUAACAUUGUGAAUUUUUGUUACCACUGUUAGCCUUCUAGCGUCAGUGCGAAACUAAAGAAGCAGACGUUAAACCCCAUAAUGAGAAAAUGGUAAACAUUUAAUAAAUCUGAUUCAUUCCUAUCCCUUAUAUUUUGUUGUACUUGAAUGUGACUUUGGCUGUGUUUAGGCACAAAUUUCCAACAAUCCGCGAGUGAACGCGAUCAUAAUUGUAUUAAUCGUCUUCUCUUUUUUUCCCCCACUCGUUGACUGUCCCCUCCACAGCGUUGCACAUGUGAUGGAUGUUUCAGUCUCGGGUUUUACAGAUGUUUUACGUUUCAAAGAAUGACUCGUUUGUGAGUGUCGUGUGAGAAAACGUUUGUGUGUAUGAUUUAGUUGUCACGUGUCCGUGUGAAAAUCUGUGCUUUUAUUUUUUAUUUAUAUUUAAUUUUUUUAAACCCAGAAACACAGGUGAAAGAAUGCAGCUACAAUCACUGAGCACAAGGACGCUCUGUUUUGUGUGGUUUACGGUGGCAUCGUUUGGUAAUAAUGACCAUUUCUGUUACCAAGAAAGCCUUUUUUUUUUUUUUUCAAUGUAUUGUUCAUGUUCAAUGAAUGUAAUAAAAUGUACCUUUAUUCAUUUUCAUAGUUUAAAAAUUUUGAGCACUACUAAGAGAAAAACAAACAAAUAAAACCUUAAUGCACUGUU